AUGCUGCAACUGCACCUCGUGGGAAGCUGCACGCCCGCACUCGCCCUCGCUGAGCUGGCGGAGCUGAUCGUGGGGCAGCUGCCAGAGGUCGAUCUCUGCAGCAUCUCCGCCGCCGUCCGGACGCCCGGCGGGGGGCCCCGCGGCGCCGCCUCGGCGGUGCUGCUGGCGGCGAGCGGCGUCGGCGAGGGCGUGUGCAGGGCGUUUCCCGUGGUGGCGCGCGGGGCGGACUGGAGCGCGCUGCGGGUUUUUGCAGAGGGCUGCGCCCUGCGCUUCGACGCGGAGCCAACCACCACGGGGGACGCGGCGCCACAACUGCCGCACGACCUGGCGACCCUGCGGCGGCGGGCAGGGCUCCGCAGCUUCCUCCUGGUUCCCAUCACGGCCGGCCCGCGGCUGCUGGGGUGCCUGACCGUGGCGUCGCUCGAGCCCGGCGCGUUUGGCGCGGGAUGGUGGCUGCCGGUGCUCGGGUUGGCCGCGACGGCGCUGCUUACGCACGUGUGCAACCCCCAGUUUGCCAGGCUCUGCCGAGUCAUGGCAGCGGUUGAAGAGGAGCCAGACACAACCGCAGCCGCGGGGCUCGCCAUGCAGGCGCGCGGCGCGGCGCGACGCAGCGGCCUGUCCGACUACCUGCAGGCCGCCACCAACGUGCGCAUGGCGGUGCGGCUGGGCCUGCUGGAUGGAGACUCCCUCGUCAUCGUGGAAAAGGAUGACACCCACCCCCACCCCGCCACCUAUGAGCCCCCAGCCGCCUUAUCUGCCGGCACCCACGGCGGCGGCGACGGCGACGGCGACGGCGGCGGCGGCGCGGCCGCGCAGCCACGGCGCGCGCCGCUGGCGGCGACGGCGCUGCCGCUGGCCGGGACGCUGCUGAGCUUUGCCCUCAAGUCUGGCAAGGCGCGGUUCGUGUCUGACACCACGCAGUACUUCCAGCAGCGCAAGAAACAAACCGCACACGUGCACACAACACACACGUGCCACGCAAUACGCAACACGCAUAUGUCACAAUCCUAA